AGCGCCAUGGCUUUAAAAGGAAUCAAAGUCGUAGAGUUAGCUGGACUUGCUCCAGGACCUUUCUGCGGAAUGAUUUUGGCAGAAUUUGGAGCAUCUGUUAUCAGAGUGGAUAAGGAGAUGCUGGAAUGGGUAAACAAAGGUUUACGGUCGCAUACAAUAGAGGGAAUAUGGUUUGAAAGCUGCUCGGAAGGUUCUCGCGUCGUCAUAUAUAAUUUUGGGAGG